AUGACUCAAAUUGCUUUUGAAGUGACAGUUAAUGUACCAGCAGUAAAAGGCACCGGUGGUAAAGUUUUAAAUGCCAUGGCUACUGCAACACCACAAAUUACCGGAGAGUCUGUUCAAACGACAUUAGAGGUAUUAGAUAAAGUUGGUGUAAAAGACAACAUCGAAGAAGCAAUUCGGACUAUUGAUAAAGAUACACCGGAACAAAGAGAAGAAGAAGAGAAAAGAAUUACCAGGCGCAUUUAUAGAGUUGAACUAUUAUUAAAUUUUUUAAUGUAUUAUACCAGUUUAAUUAUCCAAUGGCUGACUUUAUUAGGACUUAGUAGUAGUUUUGGCAACUUCCUUUAUAAUGUACUUAUUGGAUCAUUCGUUUUCACCGAAUGGAAUUUCGGAAGUAUUUCGACCGUUGGCAAGAUUUCCGGGGUGACAAUAAGUUUACAAAUCAUACUUUUUAUAAUUUCAAAUAUAAUUGUUUUAUUUUAUCGAAGAUUUCACCCAAGCAAACAGUCACCUGCAGGAUUACAAGGCCCAAUUUAUUAUAAUGGAAUAUUAAAAGUGUUCAAUUUAUUAAAGCCAGAAGUUGAAUCUUAUAAUACAUCAGUCAAAAAAUUGGACGCUCAAUUUUCUCAAAUUUUGGGCGCCAUUUCACAAGUCCUGAUCAUUAUAGCAGCUUCAUUCUCCGCCAGUAGUAAUAUAACAUCUCUUAAUGGAAUCUCCGAUAGCGGUAUUGAUACUGCCUUUCCAACUGGACUUGGAGGUUUUAUACAAAUUGAGAAUAAUCAAGUUGAAGAACAAUCAAUAGCAGUAAAACAUGCCGCUGGAUUUGCUAAAACCACUUUACUGGUAGCAGUUUUAGCUAUAAUUAUGACAUCUAUAAUGAAUGUUAUUAGUUGGAUGAUAGGUAUCUGGAAAGUAAAUAAAGACGAAUUGAUUGUUUAUGCUAUCUUUAAAUUUAUCACAAGAAUGGUUACUUGUUAUCCUUGUUUCCAUGAUAAAUUGGUUGGUGCAGAUAAAAAGAUCGAUGAUAAAACUAAUGAAUCCGAAAUGGAAGCUCUUGAGGAAAUGGGUACACAGAAAAAACCGCCGUUAGAACUCGGAAAGAAAAAUACCUUAACUAGUCCCAAUGUUCAAACUCUUAUCGACAAUACAAUUUCAGAGGGAGCCUCAGGUAAAGAAAAUACAAUUGAUGCUCUUAAUAGUAUAGUAACAACUGUAUCUGGAACUUCUAACAAUGAUGAUGAAAAGUCAUCUAAUAUUGAUGCUAGUAAAAUAAUAUCGGAUGGUGUCAAAGUUGCAUCCAGUGUAAUUGAAGGACAAAAGCAAAGCGGCUCAACUGAUACAAAACCUGUUAUUAAUGAAAUUAUUUCUGAUGGAAUCAAGACAAUAGCUACUGAUACCGGUGGUGAUGGUCAAAAAUCUUCAGACGUUAGUAAACUUGUUUCGGAUGGAAUUCACAUGAUUGAUGGCGGUUCCGAUGCAAAACUUGAUGCUAGUAAAAUAGCAUCGGAUGGUAUCAAAGUCGCAUCCAGUGUAAUCGAAGGACAAAAGCAAAGCGGCUUAACUGAUACAAAACCUGUUAUUAAUGAAAUUAUUUCUGACGGAAUAAAGACAAUAGCUACUGAUACCGGUGGUGGCGGUGAUAUUGGCAAGAUAGCAUCAGAAGGUAUCAAAGCUGCAACCAGUGUAAUUGAAGGACAAAAACAAAGUGGCUCGACUGAUACAAAACCUUCGGAUGUUGUCGAUAAACUUGUUUCGAGUGGAAUUCAAGUUAUAGGUAACAUAAUUGAUGGUGGAUCCGAUACAAAACUUGAUGCUAACAAAAUAGCAUCGGAUGGUGUCAAAAUUGCAACUAGUGCAAUUGAAGGACAAAAAGAUAGUGAUUCAACAAAAAAAUCAUAA